AUGAAGGCCAGUAUGAGGAGCACAAAAUCCAGGGUCCCAAGUGCUGGACCCUCGAAACCGAGGAACGAGUCUUUUCAGCAGCGUGAUAUCAAUGGCGAGGACUCCACUUCUUCUGCCAGUGCCCGGCCAUCAAAGCGCAAACAUCUAAACAAUGACGAAAGUGAACCGCGUACAGCGAAGAAGGCGAAAACUGAGCCUCAGAAACGGGACGUCAAACCUUUACACCGCAACCGUGUUCUCGAACCAGCUCUAGCUCCCAUCAACCAGGCACCCGCAGAUGUUCUUUCCAUUCUGGUCUUUGGCAAUGGAGAUGCUGGUGAACUGGGCCUUGGUACUAAGGUGCAGGAAGCCGCUCGCCCGCGCUUGAACCCGUUUCUCGACCCCGAAAACCCAGCGGCACUCCACAUCGUCCAGAUCGCGUGUGGUGGUAUGCACACAGUUGCGCUGACGCGAGACAAUGAGAUCGUUACGUGGGGUGUGAAUGACAACUGCGCUUUGGGAAGAAACACGGUUUGGGAAGGGGGACUGCGCGACAUCGAUGGAGACCCUGAGGAGGAGGGUGAACUGAACCCCCUGGAGGCUACCCCGACCCCGAUUCCCGCGGACUCUUUCCCUCCGAAAACGAAGUUUGUUCAGGUCGCAGCUGGGGACAGCUGCAGCUUUGCGCUCACGGAUACCGGGGAUGUGUAUGGCUGGGGAACGUUCAAGAACGCCGAAGGGAAGGAAAAGUUCGGUUACGAUGAGCAUGGACGAGUCGUUCAAAUGCAAGCCGCACCGACUCAGAUCCACAAGUUACGCAACAUCACCCAGCUGGCCUGCGGUGCUAACCAUGCUUUGGCCCUCGAUGCAAACGGCAUCGUUUGGACAUGGGGCUGCACCGAACAGAACCAACUCGGCCGCCGUACCUCUGGACGCCACGCUACAGACCCACUUACCCCCGGCGUUGUCAACAUCAGAGACAUCAAGGUCAUGGCCUGCGGGGACUAUCACUGCCUGGCUGUCGACAAGAAGGGUCAAGUCUGGGCGUGGGGUCUGAACAGUUUUGGCGAAGCCGGGUACGCCAAAGCCGCCGGCAGCGACGAGGUUAUCCUGCCCUUCCCAAUGAGGAUACCCGGCUUGCGCAGGAAGGGUGUGGUAUGCUUGGCCGGCGGCGCUCACCACUCGGCCGCGGUGACGGCCGAUGGGCGAUGUUUCGUCUGGGGCCGUCUGGACGGUGGGCAACUCGGCAUUGCGUUCAGCCCCGAGCAGCUGCAAGACACCAGUCUGAUUCGCUACGACGAGCGCAACAAGCCACGUAUCUGCCUCCGCCCUACCUCGGUCCCUGGGAUUGGAACCGUCGCUCAUGUGGCGUGCGGUACUGAUCACACCAUCUUCAUCACCAAGGAAGGCUCGGCGUAUGCUACCGGCUUCAACUCCCAGAGCCAGCUUGGCCUGGGAGCUGAUGAAGACGAUGUCAAUGUUGCUCAGUUGAUCAAGGGCAAGGCCGUGAAGGAUAGGGUCCUCGUAUGGGCCGGCGCUGGUGGACAGUUUUCCGUCGUUGCUGCGCGCUCUCCACAUCAAGGGGCAGGUUCGACCUGA